AACCUGUUGAAAAAUGGCGGGAAAAGCGAAUUUUCCAUGAUAUUCUACAUGCCUGCCUAUAUUUUACAGUGUAACAUUUUAUGAUGUAGAGAAAUGUCAAAAAGCUUCCCCGCAGGAGCGUCUUUGGUAGAAAAUCACCCAAAAAACGCCCCCAAAUGGAGAAACCAUACCCUCGUGGGCGCCCUGUGCAUCCGGAAUACAGCAAACUCGGCUUCCGGCGGAUUAAGAUUGACGGAAAGAGCUCCGUUGUGUGCGAAUACUGCAAAAUUGUCCUCCAAAAUACAGCCACAAAGCGACUACGCGGCCACAGGAAUGUCUGCUCAAUGACACCAAAAGACGGUCAAGUGAAGCAGGAGGAGAUCUCACAGCAAGAUGACAGUUUAAUAGAUGAAGUGACACCAAAAGAAGAAGACCCCCUAACGUAUGCCCGGAGAAAUUCCUCCUCCUACAUUGAACUCCAACCCCCAAGUCCGGAAGCAGAGUACGCAACAUACGACACAGAUUCCGAUGAUGCUGUCCAGCGCACGGUGCCCCUGUCAACCAGCAAACCUCCCGCCGCCGUUGUGAAGGUCUCCCCAUCGCGGAAGCGCCCCCGUGCCGUGGAAAGCGAAGGGGUGGUCGAGGUGGUGAAGCAAAUGAUGGAAACCUUCACGGGGAUGAUGCAGAAGAAUCAAACACCUGCCGCCGAGUACGGGGAUGAGGCAUUCUGCAAUUGGCUACUCACACAAUUUGCCACAAUGGAAGCCCGGCGGAAGCUGAGGGUGCAACAUGAGAUCUCCAAUAUGAUUUUCCGGGCACAAACGGAGGAAGGGCAGUGAGGAGAAGCAGCCCAGAACAAUCCGCAAGAUCCGCAAUUAGGCAAUUUUCUUCAUUACAAAAAAAAAAUCAUUUUUUGUAGAUUUUCUUAAAGAUUUAAGAUUAUAGAGAAGACUGGGGUGAAGUUGGUGAGAAAAUUUAAGGCAGGAAAUUAUUCUUUACUAGUUAACCACUGAAUUUCAAACGAUCGGACCAGCCGUUUCAGAAAAAUUUAUUUGCUACAGACAAAAAAAAAAGACGAAAAAAUGAAUUCAAACUAAUUAAUCUUCAUCACCCUAUGCUCCCCUAUAACUUCUAUUGUUUUGCCAUCUUUUCUUCAUUUUUAAAAAAUAAGAAUUUUUGUAUAAGAAAAACUUAUUGUAAGACGGUGAGAAUGUUAAAUAAAAUGAAUUUAAAAGAAAA